GGUCCAGGCAGGCAGACCUUUCUAUCAUCAAGGCCUCCCAGCCGCUCCCGGGCCCCAGAGAGCAGCGUGUCCAGAUCUUAACCCGGGAGGGCACAGCCAUGGUGCUCUGGGGGCCCGUGCUGGGAGCCCUGCUGGUGGCCGUGGUGGGAUACCUGUGCCUGCGGGGGCUGCUCCGGCAGCGCAGGCCUCAGGAGCCCCCUCUGGAUAAAGGCUCUGUGCCCUGGCUGGGCCACGCCAUGGCUUUCCGGAAGAACAUGCUGGAAUUCCUGAAGCACAUGCGGGCCAAGCACGGGGACGUGUUCACAGUGCAGCUCGGCGGCCAGUACUUCACCUUCCUCAUGGACCCCCUCUCCUUCGGCCCCAUCCUCAGGGACGUGAAGAGGAAACUGGACUUUGUGGAGUAUGCCGAAAAACUGGUGCUGAAGGUAUUUGGAUACGAGUCCGGGCCGGGGGACCACCGGAUGAUACACUCAGCCAGCACCAAGCACCUCAUGGGCGACGGCUUGGAGGAUCUCAACAAAACCAUGCGGGACUGCCUGUCCUUGGUCAUACUGGGGCCCACGGGCCAGCGUCCGGACGCCAGGAGCUGGCAAGAGGACGGCCUCUUUCACUUCUGCUACAACGCCUUGUUCCAGGCUGGCUACCUGAGCCUGUUCGGCUACACAAAGGACCCGGAGCAGGACCUGCUGCAGGCAGAGGAGUUAUUCGUGCAGUUCCGCAAGUUCGACCGCCUAUUCCCCAGGUUCGUUUACUCCUUGCUGGGGCCCCGGGAGUGGCUGGAAGUGGGCCGGCUCCAGCGUCUCUUCCACCAGACCCUCUCCGUGAAACACAGCCUGGAGAAGGACGGCAUCAGCAGCUGGAUCGCCUACAUGCUCCAGUUUCUGAGGGAGCAGGGCGUAGCCCCGGCCAUGCAGGACAAGUUCAACUUCAUGAUGCUCUGGGCCUCCCAGGGGAACACGGGGCCCACCUCGUUCUGGGCCCUCCUGUUCCUGCUGAAGCACCCAGCAGCCAUGCAGGCCUUGAGAGCGGAGGCUGCCCAGGUCCUGGGGGAGGCCAGGCUGCAGGCCGGGCGGCCGUUCGACCUCGAGGUCGGCGCCCUGCAGCACACGCCGGUGCUGGACAGCGUGAUGGAGGAGACGCUGCGCCUGCGGGCGGCGCCCACCCUCCUCAGGGUGGUGAACGGCGACCACACCCUGCAGAUGGCCAGCGGGGAGGAGUACCAGCUCCGCGGGGGGGACAUCGUGGCCCUCUUCCCUUACCUCUCCGUGCACAUGGACCCCGACAUCCACCCCCAGCCCACCGCCUUCAAGUACGACCGCUUCCUCAACCCCGACGGCAGCCGGAAAGUGGACUUCUAUAAGGCUGGCAAAAAGAUCCACCACUACACCAUGCCAUGGGGCUCGGGCGUCUCCAUGUGCCCCGGGAGGUUCCUGGCCCUGAGCGAGAUGAAGCUCUUCGUCCUGCUCAUGAUCACGCACUUCGACCUGGAGCUGGUGGACCCCAACACUCCCGUGCCGCCCGUGGACCCCCAGCGCUGGGGCUUCGGCACCACGCAGCCCAGCCACGACGUGCGCUUCCGGUACCGCCUACGGUCUCCUGAGUGAGCGCGGCCCAGGGGGGACCGCAAGCCUGGCCAGGGGGCGCCCUGGGGGUCUCCACCUCUUCUCAUCCCUCUGAAGCCCCAGACCCCCCACCAGCUGCCGCUCCCGGUGGCUCUGGGGCACCCUCUACCUCUGUCCUGGUACCUCUGUCCUUCUUGCUCUCUGGCCUCCUUCUAGACACCUCCCAGGCUAAUCACUGUCUCUUUAAAACCCCUCCUCUGACAGUGGGUUCGGCAGAAUCCCC